AUGGCGGCCUCCACCUCUCCACUGCUCCUCGCCCUUCUCCUCCUACCCGCGCUCACGGCGGUGGCCUCGCUCCCGGCGCUGCCGCUCUCGACGGCGUCGCGGUGGAUUGUGGGCGCGGACGGGCGUCGCGUGAAGCUGGCGUGCGCGAACUGGGCUUCGCACCUGGAGCCCGCAGCGGCGGAGGGCCUGGCGCGGCGCGGCGUGUCGGACAUCGCAGCACGCGUGGCGGCGAUGGGGUUCAACUGCGUCAGGCUCACCUGGGCGACCUACCUCGCCACCAACGCCACGCUCGCCUCGCUGCCGCUGCGGUGGUCGCUGGAGCGCCUCGGCAUGCUGGAGUCCGUCGCCGGUGUGCGGGUCAACAACCCCGCACUCCUCGAUCUGCCCCUCGUCGACGUGUUCCGGGAAGUGGUGUCAUCAUUAGCCAGCAAAGGUAUUAUGGUCAUACUUGACAACCAAAUGACCACUCCAGGAUGGUGCUGCAGCAGAACUGACGGCAACGGCUUCUUUGGAGAUGUGUACUUCGACCCUGGUGAAUGGUUGAAAGGCCUCAGUGCAAUGGCGACUAUGUUUAACAACACAAAAUAUGUUGUUGGCAUGAGCUUGCGGAAUGAGCUUCGAGGCCCGAAACAAAAUGUUAGUUUGUGGUACAGGUACAUGCAGCUGGGUGCUGAAGCUGUGCAUGCUGCAAACCCUAACGUCCUGGUUAUUUUGUCGGGCCUUGAUUUUGACAACACUCUCAGCUUCUUGUUCAAAGAAAAAGUUAACCUAUCAUUUUCCGGAAAGUUAGUUUAUGAGCAACAUUGGUAUGGCUUCUCAGAUGGUGGCAAUUGGGAAACUCAGAACCAAAACGAUGCUUGUGGGAUGGUUGUUGAUUUCAUAUGGCGUAAAGGAUUAUUCCUACUUCAACAAGGCUGGCCGUUGUUUUUCUCUGAGUUUGGAUUUGAUAUGUCAGGCGCACAUAUUGGUGACAAUCGCUAUCUUACCUGCUUCUUAAGUGUGGCGGCUGAAAUGGAUCUGGACUGGUCAAUUUGGGCUCUGCAAGGGAGUUACUAUAUCAGAGAGGGUAUUUUAGCUUAUGAUGAAUCAUAUGGAUUGCUAUCAUGGGACUGGUGUACAGCUAGAAAUCCUAGCUUCAUUAAAAGGAUCAAUUCUCUCCAAUCACCAUUCCAAGGUCCUGGUCUUCCAAACACUCACGAGCCAUACAACAUAAUAUUCCAUCCCCAAAGUGGGCUUUGCGUCUUGGCCAGGUCUUCAAAGUUACUUGAGUUGGGUCCAUGCGAUGAAUCAAACGCCUGGAACUACACCUCAGCAUACGAGCUAGUAGUGAAAAGCACAGGACAAUGCCUUCAAGCGAAGUCGGUGGGCAACAAUGCAAAGCUUGGCACCGAUUGCAGUAAACCAAGUUCGAAGUGGCACCUGAUAUCGAAUUCAAAGAUGCAUGUUUCGGCUGAGCUCACGAAAAAUGGAACCAGGGUGUGCUUGGACGCCAGCCCUGAUGGUGCCAUCAGAACAAAUCAGUGCAAGUGCCUAAGUGUAGAUCCGACCUGUGACCCUGAGAGUCAGUGGUUCAAAGUGAUCUUAAGCAGUAGAGACAUACCUGGGGCUGGCGGCGACACCAUCUUGCAGGUGCCGUCACUUGGUCCCUGGCAUCCGACAUCCCUUAGUUCUUGA